UGGUGCUAUUAUCAAAACUACCAAAGGUGUCAAGUGGGCAUACCAAAGCUCCAUGGACAGUUCUUGCAGAAAAUCCCCACACCAUACUUCCUCUUGUGUCAUGUGUAGCGGAUGCAGCACCUUCAUUGCAAGACAAGGCCAUAGAAGUUUUAUCGAGGCUCUGUUCUGAUCAACAUGAUAUUGUGGGUGGUUUGGUUUCAGAAAUCCCAGGCUGCAUAUCAUCAGUUGCACGGCGAGUCAUUGGGUCCAACAUGCUUAAAGUUAAAGUUGGUGGAUGUUCUCUUCUUGUUUGUGCAGCGAAAGAGCAUUGUCAGAAGCAGAUAGAGAUUCUCAGUGACUCAAGCUUAUACAUUCAACUAAUCCAUUCUCUAGUCAGUAUGAUUCAUAUGACAAACUUGCCUUCUGAAAAUGGGAGUGGUGAAAACAUAUCAGACAUUAAAAUUUCUAGACACUCCAAAGAAAAUAACAACAGCGAUGAAACUGUGUGCCGCACUGCUGUAAUCUCAGGUAACAUGAUUCCGCUAUGGCUGCUUGCUGUUUUUGCACGCCAUGACAGCAAAACAAGGGCUGAAAUUCUAGAAGCUGGAGCAGUCGAAAUGCUUAUGGAGAAGAUUUCUCAAAAUGCAUUCCUAUAUGUGCGUGAAGAAGAUAGCACUGCAUGGGUCUGUGCCUUACUUCUUGCUUUGCUAUUUCAAGAAAGGGAGAUAAAUCGAUCUAAUGCAGCAUUGCACUCAAUUCCUGUGCUCUCAAACUUGUUCAGGUCAGAUGAACAAGCAUACAGAUACAGGUACUUUGCUGCACAAGCUUUGGCAAGUCUGGUUUGCAACGGUAGCAGAGGAACUCUUCUUGCUGUUGCUAAUUCUGGGGCGGCCACUGGACUUAUUUCUUUGCUUGGAUGUGCUGAGGUUGAUAUAGCUGAUCUUUUGGAAUUAUCAGAGGAGUUCAUGUUGGUUCCUAAUCCUGAUCAAAUUACACUGGAGAGACUUUUUAGAGUUGAUGAUAUCAGGGUUGGCGCAACUUCCAGAAAAUCUAUUCCUCAUAUUCAGUGAUAGCAUGUUUAUCUUUGUCUCUUGCUGAUUAGGGUUGCAUUAUUUUAAUUAACAUAUGUCCUGUACAUAAGAGAUACUAGUAUGUAUCUAAAAAAAGGAGAUAUGUAAUAAUACUGGAUGGUAUGUUUA